UGUAAAGUGUAAAUCCUUAAUGUUUAACAUAUAGUCUCAAUCAAGUCUCAACAUUUCAGUAAAAAGUCCAAGUCGCCACUAAAAUUACUGAAAAUAUUUAAAUUUUAAAAUUUUUUAUAUAGUUCAAAAACUAAAAGACAUCGAAAAUCUGUCGUGACUUAAAGAUUUUUCUCGUAUCUUUCUUUCUGUACAGUAAAAAACUCGUUCAAAUGGUCUUAUGCUCUGAAUCAAACCUUUGUGAGAUCUAGACUGACGAGAAAAUUUUUGAAAUGGACUAUUUGAAGCGUUAUUAAAUAGGGGCAUAGCAUUUGUGCAUCGCGAAAAAACGGUAUAUUCUCCUUUUGGUCACAUGGUUAGUAGUCACAUGUUGCUUUGUUAAAACUGGCCUAAAUUUGACACUUGUCACUUGCCAUCUUGCCAACGAAGCGUCCAAUGUUUACAUAGGGAGGUUAUGGUCAUAAGAAUUUAUAAAUAACAGCGAUUAAAUGAUGUCCCCUGACAGUAAUUAGAAUAUCCGGUUUGUUUAUCAGCCACCCACUUGAAUGCGUGACUUAACAAAUAAUAUUUACUAGUUGCAGUUUUGUUGAAAUUCCGCAGUAUCAUGAUAUGGAAGUAGACAGUUAUUUUGAUCUGGAUGUUGCGAAUAUGUUGUGGAUAUUACACCAAAAAUGACAACAGAUUUAAGUUCAGCAGCCAUCCCUCCAUUGUAUAGAGAGAUUUUCGACAUUUGCUCAAACGAUGGGGAACCUAUUCACAGGGAAGUGUAUCAGUGUUUACUUUCACACUGUAUGCUUUCAACCGAACAGCUUAGAACAAUAUGGGACCUAGUAGGAACACCUCAGGGACAUAUCAAUAGAACAAAUCUUUACAAAACACUCGUACUUGUAGCAUAUGCCCAGCAAGGCAAACAGUUAUCUGACAAACUGUUUGAUAACUGUGUAGAAGCAGAGUACCCUUCACCUGGAAUCAGCGACUUAACUCCUGUAAAGAAUCUCAAAAUUCAACUUAACAUGAAACAAAGAGACGCAGUAGGAUUUAAUUAUGGCGCCAUUGUCCAAACAGAUAUUAUAAAUAUUCAUCUUGUACCUGAGAAGAAAGGAUUGUUUCUGAAAUACUCCGAAUAUAUCGUUACCUCAAAGAGAUUUAACAGUAAAGUUACCAGGAGAUAUAACGACUUCGUCGCUUUACACGAAUUGUUACUUAAUCGAUUUCCUUAUAGGUUAGUUCCAUCUCUUCCACCCAAAAAAAUUGUAUCUGAUGCACAUUUUUUAGAAUCUAGAAGAAGGGGGCUGCACAGAUGGUUGACAUUGGUUUGUAGGCACCCGGUGAUAUGCCAGGAUUCGUUGGUUCAGUAUUUCCUGACUGACCAAGGACCUGAAUUUCAGCAUCGUAUCAAGGAAAUUUUCCGAAGGGUUCCCGAUGAGUUCAUGACGUCGGAUAUUGCAGCUAUUGCUAAGGAUUUGUUGCCAUCAGACCAUGGUCAAAUAGCUGCGAAUUCGCAAAAUAUCCGUACCCUUGUCAAUAUUAUUGGCAAACUGAAGCACUUGUGCGAAUCUGAUGUGGAACGGCAAAAUGCCUCUGGGAGGGAUUUGGAAGAUUUCGGUUCACAGCUAAAAGCGCUGAGUACACUGAACAUCACACACGGUCAAGAUUUCAUCGAAAAUUGGGGUGAAAUUCAGAGAGGAUUCGGCUUCUUCUCAAGGGAAAUACAAUCUCUAUCUGUGAAAUCUUCACAACACGCUGAUACGGAGCAGCUUUCGGUAUGUGAGAGAUUGGGCCUUCUCUUAGACAUUCUAAUUGCUCACAAAGAACUAUGUGAGAGGUUAGAAAAAGGCCUUCACCAUGACCACACUGUGGCUCUCUCGAAACUGCUCUCUUUGAAAAAACGAAAGAUCCAAGGGGUUAUCAGGGGCACUGAUGCAGAAAGUGUUGAAAAAUUGGAAUCUAAGAUGCUGACUCAAGAAAGCGUCAUAACCAACAUGGAGUUAAGAUCGGAUUUCAGUUUGUACUGUCUGCACAUUGAAACUCUGCUAGUGUAUGCUUAUUUGGGAACACUCAGCUCAAUUUUCAAUAACUUCGUAGCCCUCAAAGUGAAAUCGCUUUCGGAGCUCCGUGAUAUUUGGGAACGAGUUCAACCUUUUGCUCAACAACGUUCUCCUGAUGUUUGUUCGAAUAACGCAGGGAAAAGGAGUGCCUAGUGGUAGUGGUGGUUCAUAUUUUAUGAAGUAUAUAUGUAAAAGGAAACAAGUGUAUAAAAAAAAAACAAAAAAAAAAUCUGCAUUUCAUAUUUCUAAUCGGUUGGGAUGGGGCUUAUUUUAACUUAUUUAUAUUUUCCCAACAAACCUAUUCUGAUAUAUUCGAUAAGUGAUUAUUACCCGGGUAGCAGUUUAAAUAUCACACUACGUUAUGGCUACAGUCUUAUUAAAAGUAUAUUUUAUUUUCUACUUUCGAAUAAUUAUUUUCUCUAAUUUCUUAAGUGUGUUCAAGUAACUAUAAACAUUUUAUGUUAAGUAAUGUAAUAUUGGAUAGUAUGGAGAAAAUAUUAAAAAAACGAAUUAGAAUUGUAUAUGAAAUUGUACGGUAUCCCAUUUUGGAAAUUUUUCUAAAUUUUAUCCUAAAAUAGUUUCUGCCAUUAAUAUAAAAAAAUAAUUAAUGUAAAACACAUUAACAUUUUUUUUUUAAAUAACUGCGUAAAGAAUCAUAUGGACAUAUUAAACUUGCAUAUAAAAUUUUCCUAACUCUCCAGUUAACUCUCCAAUGCUUUAAUUUCGUUUUAAUCGUACUUUUUACAUUCCCUUUUAAUCGAUAUUAUAUAUGGUAUAUUUAUUUACAUGUUUUAAACGUUAUUUAAUAUGGUGUUAGGUUUUUGUUACCAGCGUGCCUUAUUCUGAAAUAUUCCUAUUAUCGUUUAUUGUAACUAUGUGAUAUAUUCGAACUAAAAAUUGUAAAUUUAUAUCAUUGUUAUUGUAGUUAAUAAAAAAUUCAAAUAA